AUGAAUGUAACGAGCGAAGUGAAAGGAAUGCUUGGUCUUGGUAAGUUGAGGGGAAAGUUUCCUGUUCAUAUAGCACUAAUAGAUUGCAUUCCACAUUUAGCCACUGAACGCAUUGAUGUAAACAUGAGAAAACGGACUUCAAUUCCGUGUCAAUCACUUCGAACUUUUGGUAAACAACAUUCCAGAACAACGAAAUUGACCUCGACAUCUGACCUGAUUGAUGCGGGAUCUAAAUCCGGUUUAUCAAUCCUCAUUGAUUCACGAGUAAACAAGGAAGCGAAACAGAAAGUCAUUAUGUAUACAAAGGCCCAAUCUCGUUUCAGAGCGAGUACGAGUAAUGAUACUUGA